AAACAUUGUUCACUUUUACAGAUAUCUUAAGCUAAGUCUAAGAAAUUGUAUUGGUUUGACAGUACUCAAACUUCAGCUAAAUUUAAGGAAAUACCCAAAACAUGUACGUAGGAGAAAGGGGGAAUUGUGGACCUUCUGGAGAGGAGGAAAAUUGUGCUUCAUUCAAUUAUGAGAAGAGGAAUACAGAAAAAUAGCAAUUGCAGACCAUGGAUGAAAUUUGUAAGAUUGCUUCCACAGAAAGGAUCCAGCUGUUGGAGAAAGAACUGGCUAUGCAAUUGACCGAACUGAAAUCUGAAAUAGAAGAACAGGGAGCUCUUCAGAGAACAAGUAAUAGAGCAUAUAGCUCUGUUCGAAUACCAAGGGACAUUUCUUACUUUAGAAGAGAAAGGGAACAGGCACUGAAGAAAACCUUACAGGUGGCUGAGUCAAAGCCCCUUGUUGUUCAGGCAGAUGUCAUGCAGAGGGAGCUAGAGAGCUGCCUAAGAAGAGAGUACACUCCUGAGAAUUUACCUUUGCUUCUGUUGCAGUAUUACACAGAAAGAAUUACCCAGCUGGCCCAGAGUAAAUAUUUACACAUGGUUAGGUGGAAGAGGUUUUGCCAGCACAGUAAAAUCAUGGAGCAGCUUUAUCCUCUUUACAAGAAGCAAGUUGGCUAUAUCAUACAGGAGUACAAUGAUGCAGUUCAGAGAGCUGAAAGAUUGUCUGUUGCACGUGAAAACUUCCUUAUGGGAAAACCCAAUCCUCCUAAUUUAGUGACACAGGAAGAUGUGACUAUCUAUACUAAGUGGUUGGUGUGUCACCUACACUCUCUCAGGACCAUUCACCACUACCUACAGGCCCUCCAGUAUUUGCCUGUUUCCAAAGUGCUUAGUGUUAAGGUUGACAAAGUCCUUGAGGUUGGUGAGGAAAAUGAAAAGGUCCAUGCCAGUGACAUUGAUCCUGACAUCCAGGGUGCUCCAUCUCCGGACCCUACAGAUACCAGUACUUCAGGGCCAAUGAGAAUAGAAGCUGCUUCAAUCCUGCCCCAACAUACAACAGAAACAGAGGAACUGAAACCUCAGCUGAAGUUCCUGCUCUCCCAUUUCCAUCUCACUUACGACACGGAGGAGCUAAGGGACUCUGCUAAGGAGAUGGAGCUCUUUUCCUUGGUUUCUCAGAAAUUUCAAAGCAUCUUCAAGGAGCAACAGAAGAUGCAAACAUUUCCAGACUAUGAUGUUGGGAUAGCUAAAACUGAGAAUUUGGGUUUGGCAGGACCUGGUAUAGCCCUGAAAAAGAAAGCCAACUGGAUUUCCUUUAUAAAGAUUAAGCCAAAAUGUGAUCCUUGGCAAAAGAAGCUUUUGACCAAACUAAAAGAACAGAGAAAAAUAGAUUUAUUAAUGCAUCUGCAAGCAAAGUUUUUGAAGAUUUCCAACCCAGAGCAAGUAAUACAAGUCCUCCAGGAUCACGCUGCAAAGACUGUCAUGCUGGCUUCCCAGGGUUUGCAUCAGUGCAACUAUGACCAAAUCUGGGAGAAUAUUUAUAGCAACCUCAACCUCUACCAGAAUGAAAUUAUGAAGGAAGACGACUUCUCGAUGGACCAAAAUGAAAGUGACCUAGCACAAAGAAGUCUCAGCCAACAUGCUGGUGGGCCUUGCACACAGAAAAAGGAGACAGGGUACACCUAUGUAAUGACCCUACAACUGCUGGGAUUGGAUGAUGGUGGGGCAGAGCCCAGGGAUAGGAAUCCUGUCCUGAUGAGAGGAGCCUACUUGUCCUUUCUGUACCUGCGCCACCUGCGGAUCAGGGAGCUGAAGCGCACCUGCUUAGGAAUUCUGAACUAUUUCAGGUCUGUUGAGCGAACCCUGACAAUCAACACUUCAGGUCUUAUGUUGGUUGCAGGGAACCUGGUCUCCACCGUGGAAGAUACUUCCUGGAUAAAUACUGCAAAAGGAGGUUUGGGUACCUUCCAAGGCCUAAAAGCUCACUGCUAUGUCCAUUGUACGCCUGCUGACCACAAGGUCCACAGUGUCCAAUUCAUGGAGUUCUCGGAAGUGGAGAACCAGGAUGACUACUACAGCACAGGAGCCGGCUACAUCCACACUCAGGACCAGCAAGGAGUGUAUGUGAUGUAUGAGGAAGCCCUGAGUGACCUGAAGGAGCUAGAGACAGAACGGCUGCUUGUGGCCAGCCAUUACAUUGAGAAAGAAAAAAGUCACAAAGAGGACAGCAAGUCAAGGAUUGGCCAGGACUGGAGCUGGGCCCAUGCAGGUGUGGACAGAUUUGCUGUGCUGUAUGACAUGUGGACUUGGGAAGCAGCUUUUCUAGAGAACAAGCGCCAGCUUCUUAACAGUUACUUUGAAGCCUACCAGCAUGUGUUGGACCCCGAAGAGAGGUUUGCCUUAGCACAAGUCAUCACUGACAUCAUGCACAGGUGCCCAAAGUUUGAUCUCAGCCAUCCUUAUUUCAUUGAGGCCUACAGAGAUGAAUGCAUCUGCCUGAGGCUUCAUCUGAAGCUGGUGAAGGGCAUCCUCAACCAGCAUAUAGAGUGUCAGCGGGAAUAUGUCCAGAGUCUUUGGCGGGAUGAUCAUCCAGAUGAUAGCAAUAAAUUUGGACUUCCUCUUAACAUAAUUUGCCAACAACUUAUUUCCAUCAACAAUAGCUGCCCAGCUUUGAAGAACAUUUAUCUGCUGGAGUUCCACCCUUCUCUCGGCCUGGCACCGCUCAUCCCCAAAGCCCUUGAGCAUCUGCUCCGGGAGUCCCUCCUCACCUGCAGACCCUCAUCAGCCAGUGGCCACACCCGGCUGGAGAAACAUGUGCUUCAGCUGGCACUGGACCUGUGGCUCACUCCAGCCAUGCCCGAGGCCUGGUACAGCGCACAGCUCCAGAAAGAUUUGUUUUCAGCUAAAGUGAUGGGAGAUCCUUUCCUUGUGUUGGAGAUAGGCAUGCUUGCACUCAAGUCUGCAGUGGAUGAAGAACAGAAACGAGGCCAGAAUUCUCAUGGGCUGCUCCUAGAGACGUUUUCUAAACUUCUGGAACUCUUAACCCUCCGCCAUCGGCUGAUAGAAAUGAGUCUGGAGAGUGCACACUUGGCUCGGCUCUAUAAGGAAUUGGCAUUGCAGAUGGGUUUUGAAGAGUUUCAUUUGUAUCUGAGGCCUGUUCACUUUGAGUUUGCAUCACACAAGGAGAAGGUAGACCAGCCUCUUCCUGUCUUUAUUACCUCUCUGCUGGAGGACAGUGAGCGGGUAGACAGAUAUUCUCCUACUACCCUUGUCUUAGCCAUCUCAGAGGUAGAUGAUAAUCAAGUUGGCAAAUUUAGUUUUUAUACGAAGGAAGCUGUCCUUAAGCUCUUGUUCCGUUCAGGAGUGGACAAUAUGCAAGUGACCGUUGCGUGCCAAGCUGCUCAGAAAAAUGCUUUGAUCGUGGCUGUCCAGCAGGCAGCCUUCUACCACAUUCCCCGAGGGGACUGUCCUGCUGAAGUCAAGGAGAUAAGUUCAGAUCUGAGAAAUUGUGGCAGAAUGGGUCCAAUCAAAAGAAGAAAUUCCAGAUUUUUGAAUGGUGUAGAGAACUCACUGUUGACCACUACUCCAGAAGUCCCAGACACCCUUAUCCAUCUUUCAGAAAGAUUCCAGGCUACCAAAAGGGCAGCGGAGGCCUUCGUAUCUAUUCAGCUAGAAAAAGUUGGGCUGCGAGACAUGAUGCUGAAUGCCUUCCUCCUAAAGAAACAAACCAUGGCGGACAGAAUGAGGAGCCCCGAUGAAAUCGAGAAAAUCAAGAGAGAUGUUAUAAUUGAAUAUUGCCAGAAGUUUAAUCACCAUAUGUCUCACUAUGCUCUCCGGGGUCAAAUCAUGGCAUACUGCAAUAGCCUGAGAGCCCUGCUGGAAGAUUUUCCUACCAUCAGGGAUACCUUUUUCAUGUUAGGGCAACCACAAGAAAAGAAGGGCCUGAGGGACUCCAAAGAAGGCCUCAAGGCUGACCCCAGGAGUUUCCAGCCCAGGCCUCGAUGUUUGCUGUCUGCUGAUGGAAAAGUCUUCCUCAACUUAUGGUUCAUACCCCAUCCUUCUGAAGUACUGGUUAUGUUCAAAACUCUGCCAGAAAAGGCAGCUUUCAGAGCCUUAAAGCUAACUCUACAGCUGGUUGCUCCUCUCCAUGACAUUGUGGCCUACCUUUUCAGUUUUGCUAAACUUGGAAAUUGUCCAGCCUGUUUUGAAUUUCCUCUAAGUCCAAACCCUUUGAGAGGCAACUGGGGAGGAGCUGAGGGCAUUGGGUCUGAACUUCAAGAGCUGCAGAAAAUGAUUGACAGUCUGCAGAGCCCCCAAGACCCCAACCACGUGGCCCGGGCACUCCUUCUCCGAAGGGAGGUUAUGUUUCUGCAGUUUGACGCAGCGGUGAGGCAUCUCAUUCGAAAAACAUUUUUGGCAGCUGGAAAUGUACCUGCCUACCAGUCUGUCACAGAUGGCAUGUACCAUGGGCUGCCACCAAUGAGCAACUCCCUCGUGAAGAGCGUUUUUGCUUCACAGCUCGGCCUGCCCCAGCCACUGGAUCCACGGAGCCUCCAGGCAUUUGUGUUAUUCCCUUGGAGAGCAUUUCUGGAAGAUGGAGGACCAUUUCCAGUUAUGAGUAGCAGCCCAGAUACUCUAGAAUAUAAUAUGCAGUUGUGCCUCUGUGGACUGAGUGACCAUGACCGCAAAGUGGCACAUGGAGAGCUGGUGGGCAUGCAACAGCUAAUGGAAGACGUACUCCUGAGUAGCUAUCAUGUGAACAUCGAGGGUUCCCCUGGACGGCAAACCACACUGGAGAAAAACACACAGCCAGAUUUGCCCAAGGUUCCAGAAUUCCGAAGUCAUCUCCAAAGCAGCCCAAUAGCCCCCAGGGUGCUGGAGAGCCCACGUGAGGCCCUGACGUCCCUGGCUUUGCUGAGGUCAUUUCUGACUCUGUGGAAGCAGCUGGAAGUACUAAAGGAGCGAUGGAGCCAACUCAAGCUGCAAGGCCAGGACAUCAACACGGUCUCUCUCUACAAACAAUUCUCUGAGCUCUACGAAACCGACAUUCUGUAUCCCAGCAUGAAAGCUAUAGCUAGGCGGAUGGGGAAAGAAGAUGAAUUUGAAGAACUUAGAGUAAAUAAUCAGUCUAUUCUUCCCCCCAGAGGAGCUUCAGAAAUUGAAAUAAAAACUCAGCAGCUUCAGAAACUUUGGGAAAGUCUUGAAAUUCAUAUGAUCCAGGAGGUACUAAGAAGAGUUAAAAGAGAGAGGACACUGGUUAUAUCAGAAAAAUCCAAGGAAGAGUAUACACUCCCUACAGAGCUGUGGAAACACCAAGUCAUGAAAGAAAACUUUUCAGUCAUAAGACCACAAAUAGUUGAAAAAUUUAUACAGAGAUUAAUGGAGAAUUAUCAGGAUGGUGGUCUAGAGAUCACUUUCAGGAAAGAUCACCUCGAGUCCUGCCUCCUUUCCCUGGGUUGUGAUGUGAUGGCAAGAGAACGCAGCAAUUUUGAGACCUACUCCAUGUGCUACGAGCAUGUGUUGCAGCACACGAGGCAGAAGCUCUGCCAAAAAGAGCAAGAAUUAGACAUUGUACAAAGACGUCAGAAUCCACCUGAAGAAGAUGUUGGGCAGGUUGCAGAUCUCAGCCAUGAUUUGAUCAUGGAAAUCACUGCUUUGAGAGCCCGACUCACAGAUUUGGAAGAGGAGAAUCUGAAUCUCAGAAAUCAGAUUAGAAAAGAAAUCCAAGAAGAAUAUGAAGCAUUAGUCCAAGCUUUGUUCAUGACCUGUUUACACAUAAAAGAGAAGCUGGAUGAGAAUCAGCUAAAUUUGAUUCAGAAAGUGUGUGAGCUCAUCAGCGAGGUGAGACGAGAAGGGGUGGACAACAUGAAGGACCUAAAGAAAAAAUGGGGCUCUGCCAGACCCAAUGAAGGAAUGAAAGAAGACCCAGCCAAACAGAAUCAGCUGCGGGCCCUGGAAGAGGACAACUGCAGACUGGUCGCGCUUGUGGGCAAACUGAGGACCCUGGGCCUCUGGCGGCUGGCGGUGCAGCAGUCACGCUUUGGGGGCCAGCUGAGGAGGGCAGAGGAGGAAGUUAUUCAAAGUAAAAAAGAAUGUUUUAGCAUCAAGCUAAUGGCAGAACGAGAAGUGGUUUUAUUUCGGCAACAGUUACUGGCUCUAAGGCAGGCACUGGCCAGGGCCCAGGCUGACAACGCGAAGAUGUGGAAGCAGCAGGACAAGCAGGCUCAGUUGCUGAAGGAGUUGGAGCACAGAGUGACUCAGGAGGUUCUCAGCCGGCAGCAGCUGGAUUUGAUGAAGACAUCCAGCAUGGAGAAGCUCCUGGAAGAUGUGGAGCAAAAGGAACAACAACUGCAGCUCCUUACCGAAGAGGCUGAGAGGGCUUCUAAACUGGGCCAGCUUCAACGGAAGAAAGUUAAGAGAGAAAUCCAACAGAUGAGAAGCCGGCUCGCCCAGGAGCGCAGCGUGAAGCUGGGCGCCUUCCAGCGCGUAGAAGAGCUACGAGGUCAGCUGGAGGAUGCUGAGAGAGCGUCUGUCCAGAUGGGCUCGCCAGGCGGUCUUACAUCCCAGGCUCACUACUCCCUAUGUUCUGCUUCCACAUCAUCCAGAUUCUCCCAGCAAUGCUUUUUGAAGACGAAUCUAACAGGUAGUAAAAUAACAAGAAGGAUUCAAAGGCCAAAGACAGUACCUAUUAAACACAAAAAAACCAUUGGUGAUGUUUGCCUACCCAAUGUGACAGAAAAUGUUCAACUUGCAGCUUUUCAAGUUCAAACUGCUCCAUCUAGAAUCCCAUUCAGACUUGAUUGGUAAUCACAUGCCCUUUUUUUAAGUUUUAUUUCUGUAAGCAUUGGCAUGAAUAAAAAUUACUAUAAACUCUGUUAAACC